AUGUCAAGCAUCGAGCAGAUCUCGUCCUCGCUGCCGUUCGGCUCGUCGACCGCCUCAUCACCCAAGUCGACCUCGCUCGGCUGGCGACUCGUCCUCGGUCUCUGGUGGUUUGCGAGAUGGGUGCCGUGGUAUUUGUGGCUGAUGGCGGGUAUCUGGGCGUACGCCAACUACGGGCGAGGGUCAUUGGCGCGGAAACGCAAGACCCGACGAUCUGCACCAUCGACCGCAAUCAACGCAGGCACGCCGCGCCGACCGACCCUUACGCCUCGCCAACCCGCUCGUCCCUCCUCUCCCUUCACCGGCAUCAACCGUUCCUCGCCCCAGCUUUCGAGGCGCAGCUCGUACGCUCGCUUGCCUGCUUCCGAGAUCCGACAGGGUAGCCGCGGUGGACAGCGGGAGAUGCAGGAGAGGCGAACGGAAUCUCGAGGCCACACACCUCUUGCGAGACCGACAGUGUCUUCGCCUCAGCCCGCUGUGCACUCUACCGGCUCCCUUCCGCGUCUUCCGUCAUCCGGUCUCAGCCUCCCUCGCUCGACCUCGUCCUCCUCACUCCGCCACCAAGGCUCAGCUUCCAUGCCCGUCCUACCCACGUCUGCGCGCAAGCGUGGACGUGGUGACGACGAGGAGACGGAAGUCAAGCGCUCUAAGCUGAGCGAGUCGUACCACUUCGACGACACCGACGAGGAUGGCGAGGGUCCUUCGGCGAUGGAGUUGGACGACUUUGCUGCGUCGAAGCCGAGCAGGGGCCAGAAACGAGGCGGGCCGGAUACGGAUGCAGAAGAGGAGGACGGCGUAAAGCGCUCGCGCACGAUGGAGCCGAGCGAAUCGGAAGCGGAGGAGCAAUCGGAGUCGGCUACGCGGAAGCGUCAUGCUGCCGGAUCCCCAUCUGCGAGCGACGACGAAGCCGAGCGCCAAGUCUCGCAUCAGGGCAAGAAGGCUCGGAGGACUGCUCGGGGUGUCGGGAGCGUGCGCGACAAGCGGGGCAUCGAAGACGUCUCUCGCGAGGAGUCGGAGGAAGAGGCUGGAUACGACAGCGAAGGUGCUGCGCGCUAUUCGAGGGCUAGCACGAGGAAUGCCGACUCGGACGUUUCGGAGGACGAGGGAGAACAAGCGUUUGUGGCGGAGGAGCCCUCGGCAACGAACCGUGGCCAGACGACCGUGAAGCGCUCUCGCGAACGAGCCCGUCGCGAGGGAUCAGCCGACGACGACAUGAUGGGCGACGACCUUGAGUCGGACAGCCGGGAUGCCUUCUCUCCUGCACCUUCGACCGGCACGCCGCAGAAGAAGCGUCUCUCGACCGCCGCGUCCGCAAAGAAACGCUUGUCGUCGAAGGCGGCCUCGACUGCUCGCAAGGCAUCCUCCGCCCGCUCCGCCGUGAACGCCAAACUCGCUGCCGCCUCGCGCAAAUCGUCCGACACGCCUCGCAAGGUUGGCGAAGAGUGGACCAACUACGAGGGCGACCGGUACAGGAUUGACAAGGACGGCGUGCAGAGGCGGCUCGUCGAGGUCAGGGAGACGAGGCUCAAGCACAAAAUGCCGAAGGACUCGAAGCACCCGGAUGCCAAGUUGACGCACGAGGUUGUCGUCGAGCGAUGGGUCACGGCCGAUGAGUACAACGCACUGCUUGAGCAGCGCAAGCUUGCAUGGCAGAACUCGCGCGAGGACGAGGAGCGGGAUCGCCGCGCCGCCGAGCAAGGUGGCGAAAACGACACCAGCAUGACCGACGCCAACGAGUCGCCGCAGCCCGCGUCGAAGGAGCGCGGCAUCUACUUUGCCACGGGCGUCGGCACGCCUCUCCGCAGCUACUCUGGCCUUGGCUCCCGCCUCCCUUCCUCUUCCUCCCUCACCUCUCUCGCCAAGCUCUCCAACUCGCCUUCCUCGUACUCGACGCUUCCGAAUGGCCGCAUGCGUCUCCCCUCUUCCGCCUCAGGUUCCGCUCUUGCCGCCCUCGCAGCUGGCUCGCCGCGGCGCAAGUGGUCUGUGAACGACGUCAAGCGUUUGCUUGAGGACGAAGACGCGGCGAAGGCUGAGCGCGAGAAGCGCAGACAAGCGACCAUCACCCUCGGCGGAGACGAGGCAGAGGCGGAGGUGCCGAAGACACCGGCCGUACCGGCGACCGCGCCAGCAAACGAGACGGAGGGCAAGAUCAAGCUGGCCGACUACGCUCUUCCCGCUUCGUCGGCAGAGUCGUCUGCCGCGGCGAAGGCGCAGCCAACGUCCUUGUUCAUUCCCGCUCCUUCGGCUACCGCCAAGAUCGACACUCAGCCCGCCUCGACUGCCUCUUCGGCCAAAUCUGCCGGCGUACCCAACUUUUUCGGCGCCGCUCUGGGCUCGACAGCGAAGGAGACGCAGGCCAAGCCGGCUGCAGCCGCAUCGACGGCUUCCAAGCCGGCUUUCAGCUUUGGCUCGGCGCCUGCCUCAGCGACCGCGACGGAACCCGCUCCGCAGAAGAUCGAUACCGCGGCGAAGCCAUCGUUUAGCUUCGGUUCUGCGCCGUCUGCACCCGCCGCCACGGAGAACAAAACCGACAAGCCUGCGUUCAGCACCAGCGCAGUACCGGCCGCGCCCACACCGAGCGAGCCUCCCAAGCCGACCUUCAGUUUCGGCGCUCCUGCGGCGAAGGACACCUCGGCCGAGAAGAAAGAAGAGUCUGCAGCUCCGGCUGCCGCGUCACUCUUCAGCGGCUUUGGCGCGUCCUCCAGUUCCGCCUCGACUACGUCGGCUCCGUCCGCAACAAACGAGGCGUCGAAGACUCCGUUCUCCUUUGGUUCCGCAUCUACUUCCUCGACGGCGGACGCCACCCCCGCUCCUGCCGCACCAGCAGGAGGCUUCUCGUUUGGAUCAAGCACGCCAGCUGCUGCAACCGAGAAGAACGAGGAUGCCGCGCCAAAACCGAGCUUCUCCUUCGGCGCGACUUCGACUUCGGCAGCCGUGCAACCCGCUCCAGCGCCGUCCUUCGGCUUCGGCUCAACAUCCACAACGGCGCCUGCGAAGACGGAUGACAAGCCAGCAACCGCCUCGCCCUUCUCGUUCGGCGCUGCUCCUGCGCAGGCAGACAAGCCCGCCGCGCCCGCGUUCGGCUUCGGCACAUCCGCCGGCGCCAAUAAGGAUCCGACGACCGGUGCUGCACCGGCCGCUGCGUCGCCUUUCUCGUUCGGCAACUCGUCGGCUCCUGCGCCAGCCUCGUCGUCCACCUCAAACGGGGGCUUCAGCUUCGGCCAGCCAGCUGCUCCCUCGACGACGAAUGCUACGGCAACAGGCGCGGCUCUCUCGGCCACUCCGUCGUUCGGAUUCGGCAGUACUUCCUCGACUCAGAAUGCAUCGGCACCCGCUCAAGGCGGCUUCAGCUUCGGCGCUCCGACCUCAUCCAACCCGUCAGCCACAUCGAGCGGCUUUUCCUUCGGUGCCCCAGCAGCCGCCAGCCCCGCUCCCCCCUCGACCGGCGUCUCCUUCGGCGCAGCGCCGGCCGCCGCCAGUCCCGCCGCCGCCCCCUCUACCAGCUUCAGCUUCGGCGCCGCUCCUGCAGCACCCUCGAGCGGAUUCGGCUUUGGCGCCGCACCGGCAGCGACGACGCCGGGAGUCUCGCCCUCGACUGGGACGUUCAACUUUGGCGCAGCUGGUGGGCCGACUAGUCCUGGAGCGCAGUCUGCUGGAGGGACGCCCAUGUUCUCUCUCGGAUCUGGAGGAGGAGACGCUGCGACGACGCCGAGGAGGAGGCCGGUCCGGAGGCUGCCUGGGCGGUAG